AGAGUACAGACAGUCAAACAACGAGGGAAGAAUUUAACCACAGAGCGAGUGACAACAGACAGAGAACAUGCUCUUCAAAGUACAGAGAUCCUUCAGACCCAUGUCUGCUACACUGAGAGGACUCCACCAGUCUGCCCUGGAAGUGACACAGCGUCCAGCCUCAGAGGACAGUGUGACGGACAGUUUUGGACAGUUUAUCCAGGGUGUCCAGCCCCACCACCUGACCCCUACCCUGAUCCACCGUAGCAAGAGGAUGGUCCUGGACUCCAUCGGAGUGGGACUACUGGGCAGCACCACACACGUCUUCCAGCUGGCCCUACAACACUGUCAGCACAUGUAUGCUCCCGAUGACGUCAGUUCUGUUUACGGACGCAAAGGAAUCAGACUCUCCCCAACCCUUGCUGCCUUCGUCAACGGAGUGGCCACCCACUCCAUGGACUUUGACGACACCUGGCACCCUGCUACUCACCCGUCGGGGGCAGUCCUUCCUGCCCUACUGGCAGUCAGCGAUAUGCUGCCCAACAACAGAAAGCCUAGUGGGCGGGACUUCCUAUUGGCCUUCAACGUUGGGAUAGAGGUCCAGGGACGCCUGAUGAGGUUCUCCAACGAGGCUCAGAAUAUCCCCAAGAGAUUCCACCCCCCCACCGUCGUGGGUACUCUGGGUAGUGCUGCAGCCUGCGCCCGCCUCCUCUCUCUGGAACGCUCUCAGUGUAGCCACGCCCUGGCCAUAGCUGCCAGCCUAUCUGGAGCCCCCAUGGCGAAUGCGGCCACACAGUCUAAACCCCUCCACAUCGGAAACGCUGCGCGGCUGGGCCUGGAGGCGGCUCUGCUGUCCUCAAUAGGACUGGAGGCCUCUCCCAGGGUCCUGGAUGACACUUCCGGGGUCGCGGGGUUCAGCGCCUUCUACGAGGACUACGCCCCACAGCCUUUGACCUCUCCUGAGGAGGCGGGGUUGCGGUUCCUACUGGAGGACCAGGACAUGGGGUUCAAGAGGUUCCCGGCCCACCUGGGGAUGCACUGGGUGGCUGACGCUGCUGCCUCAGUGCACAAGCUACUGCUGGGGGAGCUGGGGUCUCAGGGGAUGGGGCGAGGGUCACAGGUCGUAGGUCAGGUGCAGGACAUCUUGCUGAGGGUUCCCCACUCCAAGUACAUUAACCGUCCAUUUCCGGAGUCGGAGCAUCAGGCCAGACACUCCUUCCAGUUUAAUGCCUGCUCUGCACUGCUGGAUGGGGAGGUCACCGUGUUCUCAUUCUCCCAGGAGGCACUACAGCGACCCGACCUGCUGGCCUUGCUGGGGCGUGUCCGCGUUGAGCAUCCCCAUGACAACCCGGCUAACUUUGACAACAUGUAUGGCGAGGUGCAGGUGACGCUGGUGGGUGGAGAUGUGCUGAAGGGACGCUGUGAUACUUUCUAUGGUCACUGGCGCAACCCUCUAACCAAUGAGAGCCUGAAGAAGAAGUUCUGUAGCAAUGCUGGUGCGGUCCUACCCAUGGAAAAGGUGGAGGGGCUGAUUGAGGCUGUAGAGGGACUGGACAGUCUGGAGGACUGCUCACCUCUACUGGCACAGCUGCAGUGAAACACACACACAUCACAGACGUGCACACACACAUACACACACAAAUAUACACCUCAUCACAUCACUCUUUUCUGACCAGCUGAUCUUUCUGCAUUUCACAUCAGGUGUCUAUAGAUAUAUACAGGCCAUGAGCUUGCAUCUUCAGGUGUGCAUGACUUACGUUGGUUUUGGAUGUUCUGUUUGCCAGUGGUGUAAAGUAGUUAAGUAAAAAUACUUUAAAGUACUACUUAAGUAGUUUUUGGGGGUAUAUGUACUUUAUUAUUUAUAUUUUUAACAACUUUUCAUUUUAUUUCACUACAUUCACCACAACAUAGUGAAUGGCAGCAUAGCCUGGUGGUUAGAGUGUUGGACUAGUACCGAAAGGUUGCAAGAUCGAAUCCCCGAGCUGACAGGGUACAAAAUCUGUUGUUCUGCCCCUGAACAAGGCAGUUGUUCCUAGGCUGUUGUUGAAAAUAAGAAUAUGUUCUUAAUACUGACUUGUGUAGUAAAAUACAUUUUGAAUGCUUAACAGGACAGAAAAAUGGUCCGAUUCACACACUUAUCAAGGGAGCAUCCCUGCUCAUCCCUACUGCCUCUGAUUUGGUGGACUCACUAAACACAAAUGCUUCAUUUGUAAAUGAUGUCUGAGUGUUGGAGUGUGCCCCUGACUAUCCGUAAAUAAUUACAAAAUACUACUUUUAGAAGUAAAGUGAUAUUACUUUUUAUACUUAAGGUAUAUAUUUUAAUUAAAUUUACUUUUGAUACUUAAGUAUAUUUCAAAUCAAAUACUUUUAGACUUCUGCUCAAUAAGUAUUUUACUGGGUGACUUUCACUUUCACUUGAGUCAUUUUCUGUUAAGGUAUCUUUACUUUUACUCAAGUAUGGCAAUUGGGUACUUUUUCCACCACUGCUGUUUACUAUAGUGUCAUGAAGGGACUUUGCUUGUAGCAUUUUAACACUUUCUACUGUGAGACAAGUUAUGAUGAAGAAUCUACUUCCAAUGUGAGGGAAGAGACAUUUAACUGCAUUGAAUGAUUUAAAGAAUUAAAGCUAAAUUAAGUUCAAAUUAAGAAUCUACCUCCAAUGUGAGAGAGGUGGGAUAGACUAUAGGUGAUUAACUUUAACUGUACAUUAAAUUAUCUAAACAAUCAAAGCUAAAUUAUUAUAACAUACUGUACCUUUUACUGCAUCCAGUUAUGGAUUUACUGUGUUUACUUGACAAUGUAUCUCUACCGUUCUGUGUGGAUUGGGAGAAUGGAAACAAUUCAUUUGAAGGAUGGCUGUGCUAUAGAUGUAUAUGUACAUCAAAUUAAUGUACUCCAUUUUCUUAUUCUGUAUUUUGAGAGGAGUUAAAUUGUCUUAUAUUAUAUCAAUUGUGUAUUAUUCUUAUUCUAUACUUUCAUCUCUAAAUAAAAAGGUUGAAAACUCUG